AUGAGACUCCACAAGUGGGGUUCAAAUAGCGCAUCACUAGCGGAGGUGUUCGAGGAGGACGGCGCAGGCCAAAAACCACUCGGACAAGUCGCGAACGUGCUCAAGGUGCUCGGAGUGACUUGGGAACCCAAAGAGGACAGUCUCAUGUUUUCGCCGGAGCACGUGAUGGCGACUGCUCGCCACCAAGAAAAUACGAAGCGCUUCGUGUUGCAAACGACAGCUCGCCUUUACGACCCUCUGGGAUUCUUGGCACCCUUCGUCGUGAGAGCCAAGAUCUUGUUCCAGGAAAUCUGGAAACUAAACCUGGACUGGGACGAUGUGCUACCAGAUCACCUGCAAGACGAGUGGACCGGGUGGUGCAGCGAACUUGUCGAGCUAGAAAGGGUCAAGAUCCCAAGGUUUUGCGACGACGGAUUGCAAGGCAAGGUGACCCACCGAUCAUUGCAUAUCUUCGCCGACGCCAGCACCGCUGCCUACGGAGCCAUGGUCUACCUUCGCACUACCGACGACACAGGAGCGACGACGACGACGUUAUUGCUCGCAAAAGGCCGAGUUGCGCCCCUCAAGACUGUCACACUGGCGAGAUUGGAAUUGAUGGCCAGCUUGAUCGCCUCAAGGCUGUCCAAAUACGUUCAAACCUGUCUUGAGCUUGAGGUGAAGGACGUUCACUUCAGGACGGAUUCAAUGAUCACGCUUUACUGGAUCAGGGGAGAGGCCUCCCGAUGGAAGCUGUUCGUCAAGAAUCGAGUGCAAGAGAUCCAGAGAAAUUUUGGUCUCCAGUUCACUGUGGUGGUCGGGGCCGAGUUGGUUGCCACUGCCAGCGACAGAAUGGCCCAAGGAAAGCUCUGCUUCAAGGAUCAUCAGAACAACGGCUUGGAUUUUUCGAUUUCUCCACAACGUCAGGUCAACUGA